AUGGCAGACGAGAUAGCUCGUGUGCAGCAGUAUGAGUACAGACAGAACAGUAACUUGGUCUUACAAGUGGACUUCAACUUCACGGAUCGUCGAGGUAGGGAUGAGCCGACGGGUGAGGUGAUGCCCUUGACCAAGUCUAUUCUGCAAGGCAUCAAGAUGGGGGAUAAAUAUCAGCGCGGUAAGGCACCGAAAGAGGAUAUUAAGAAGCCGAAGAAGUUAGUUAUUUAUUAUUUAUUAUUUUUAUUAUUAUUUAUUAUUUGUUAUAUUUAUUAUUUAUUAUAUUUAUUAUUAAAGGAAGAAGAAGAACGNGAAUCGUACCACCCGAGUUCGAUGUCACAAGGCGGGUCGUUGUUGAGUGCAGAAUCGAAUAAUGAGCUGAUGGGGUUGUAUAAACCGAGGACACAGGAGACGAAACAGACCUAUGAGGCGAUUCUGGCCUAUAUUCAGGAUGCACUGGGGGAUCAGGUGGAUUUAUUAUUUAUUAUUAUAAACUGUAUAUUGUAA